AUGAGCAGCUCGGAUCUGCUGGAGGGCCUGCCGACCGCGGCACCGGCCCAGGCGAAAGCGCCUCUGCGCUUCAUCGAUGUCGCCGUCACGGCCACGGCCAACGAGUUCGCGGGUAUAUACCGCAACAAGCAGUACCACGAGCCCGACUUUGACGCGGUGCUGGACCGGGCAGCCCAGGCCGGCGUCGACAAGGUCAUGCUCACGGGGAUGUCCCUCGGCGACGUCGAGGUGCACCGCAAGCUCGCCGCGGCCCGCCCGCAGCAGUGCUCCUACACGAUCGGCGUGCACCCGUACCACGCGGCCGAGCCGGCCGAGGACCCGGGCUAUCUCGAGAGACUCGGCGACGCGGUGGCGGCGGCCCUGCUGAAAGAGGAGAGGACGCCAUGCCCCGUGGCCGCCUUUGGGGAGCUUGGCCUCGACUACGACCGCCUCGACCGGUGCCCGGGUGACGUGCAGAUCCAGACGUUCCGCGCGCAGCUCGACCUGUACCUCGCGCGUGGGUUCACGGCGCUGCCGCUGUUUCUGCACUGCCGGGGAGCGGCCUUUGACGACUUCGUGGCCAUCAUGCGCGAGUAUAUCCCUCGAAUCUCUGCCGCUGCCGCUGCGACUGCUGCUACUGCUACUACUGAUCGGACCACCACCGCCCGACGGCACGGCCUCGUGCACUCGUUUGUCGGGACGUCGUCGCAGAUGCAGCUCCUCACGACCGAGCUCGGCCUCGACGUCAGCGUCAACGGGUUCAGCUUCCGGGAUCGGCCCAGCAUCGAGAUGGUGCGCGACGUGCCCCUCGAGCACCUGCACAUCGAGACCGACGCGCCGUGGGGUCUCAUCCCGGCCACCGCGGACGUGGCGAGGCGGUACCUCGUCAACGCGCCGCCGCUGCCCGCCAGCAAAAAGAGGGACAAGUUUGACCAGGCCGCCAUGGUCAAGGAGCGCAACGAGAGCUGCUGCAUCGACCGCGUGGCUUAUAUAGUGGCGGGGAUCAAGGGCCUGGCGGUCGAGGAGGUUUGUGACCGGGCGCGGGAGAAUAGCGCGGCGAUGUUUGGGUUGUGA